ACACUUAUAACUAUAUAAGGCCCUGUCUACCCGACCAUAUUUCCACAUCCAAAGACUUAAAACUUAUUUGCAAACACAUAUCCAUUCAUACUAAACACCAUGGCCAACUCUUUGGUUUUACUGAUAUUUGGUCUAGUCAUGGCAUUAGGAAGGUUUAGCAGUCAAGCCGAGGCGGCUCGAGCUUUCUUCGUGUUCGGAGAUUCACUUGUUGAUAAUGGAAACAACAAUUACUUGGCCACCACUGCAAGAGCUGACUCUUAUCCUUAUGGCAUUGACUAUCCAACUCGUCGUCCCACCGGCCGUUUCUCAAAUGGCCUUAACAUCCCUGAUUUCAUCAGUCAGCGAAUUGGUUCAGAACCCCUAUUGCCAUACCUGAGCCCGCAGCUGAAUGGACAAAGACUACUUGUUGGUGCUAACUUUGCUUCUGCUGGCAUUGGAAUUCUCAAUGACACUGGGAUUCAGUUUAUAAAUAUAAUAAGGAUGUUCAGGCAAUUGGAAUACUUCCAAGAAUACCAACGAAGGGUCACAGCCCUUAUUGGAGCACAACGAACCAAGCAACUUGUAAAUGGAGCACUAGUUCUUAUCACUGUGGGUGGCAAUGAUUUUGUGAACAACUACUACUUGGUUCCAUUCUCUGCAAGAUCUCGUCAAUACAAUCUUCCAGAUUAUGUCAAGUUUCUCAUAACAGAGUACAGAAAGAUUCUUUUGAGGCUGUAUGAUCUUGGAGCACGUAGAGUUCUGGUAACAGGGACAGGACCACUUGGAUGUGUCCCAGCAGAAUUGGCCAUGAGAAGCAGAAAUGGUGAAUGUGCAGCUGACCUUCAACAAGCCGCUUCAUUGUUUAACCCGCAACUGGUUCAGAUGAUUAGAGGGAUUAACAGUCAAGUUGGUUCAGAUGUCUUCGUUGCUGCUAAUACACAGCUAAUGAGCAAUGAUUUCAUCAGCAAUCCUCGAGCAUUUGGUUUUGUCACAUCAAAGAUAGCAUGCUGUGGGCAAGGACCUUAUAAUGGUCUUGGACUAUGCACGGCAGCAUCAAACCUGUGUCCAAACAGAGACGUUUAUGCGUUUUGGGAUCCAUUUCAUCCAUCGGAGAAAGCAAACGGUAUUAUUGUGCAGCAGAUUCUCACUGGAACUACGGAGUACAUGUACCCAAUGAAUCUCAGCACCAUCAUGGCCUUAGAUUCCAGGAUUUGAGAAAAGGAAAUGAUUGUUGAUUCUCUUUUAGAACCGUGUGAUUUGAAUACCACUACAUACUAAUAUUAAUUUAUAUUAACAUGCCCUGCCCAUAAUAUAAGUAGCACCUGGUUUGUGUGUUGGUAAAAUUGUACGGCAUGUCGUUGUGAUUACUUUGUAUUGGUUAAUGAAUAAACAUUAGCCUGAUUUUUAUUUAAUAAAACUAUCUUAAUCA